ACGUUUAUCCCCCCAUUGCGAUUCGCAGUGGUCGAACCGCAUCUUUAUCGAGGAAGCUAUCCCCGCCCAUUGAAUCUUGGAUUCCUAGAAUCACUUAAGCUUAAGACCAUCAUAUCACUCACGCCUGAGCCAUUGUCGCAAGACAUACAGCGCUGGGCUCACUCCCACGAUAUAUCCCUGGUUCACUUUGCACCAGUCAAGGGCAGCAAGAAAGAGGCGCCGCUUGACAACUCAGAGGCUACAAAAGUGGUGGAAUUAGCUCUCAAUCCAGAAAAUGCGCCCAUGUAUAUACACUGUCUGAAUGGAAGCGAAGUUACUUCGAUUGCAAUUUGUGCGUUGCGGAAGCUUCAAUUUUGGUCUCACCCCGUCAUAUUUUCAGAAAUGAUACGGUUCUCGGACAUACAUUCGUACUCGGAGAGAUUUCUUGAGAAUUUUGGCGGCGUAGAUACUGGUGUUGAUAUCGUGAUACCCAAAAGAAGAGUUGCUUGGCUU